AUGGAGGGAGCACGAAGUGCGAAGGAGGGUCCGUCGGGCGCGGAAGCGAGCAUUAUGUCGCUGCAGGGACUGCUGCCGGAGGAGGGCGACGGCGGGCGGCUUUUCGCGUUCAGCCGGCCGCAGACGCCGAUGAUGAUGAACCCGCUGGUGGGGACGGUGACGCCGGUGAGCCUGCGGUCGCAGUAUCGGGACGAGGCGAUGUCGGGGGAGCUGAGCUGCGGCACGCCGCAGCGCAGCCCUGUGUUGGAGCUGCGGCGGCCGCGAACGCGCAACAGCGGGCGGCCCAGCAGCGGCCCGGGCGGGCGCGGCGCGUUUUUCAAGGCGGGCGUGACGAACACGGUGUCGAAGCUGUCGCUGCUGGACGACCAGAAGCUGACGAGCUUUCCGAUUCCGCCGCCAAUGACGUCGCCGGAGGGCGCACCAGCGGCGGCGGCCGAGUUCAGCGGCUGCGUGCACCCGGAGAACCGCCACGCGGGCCUGCACCCGCGGACGGACAGCUGGGACGAGUACAACAAUGAGCUGUUCCUGGUCGAAGACUACAUUGCGGACACGGCCGGGCGCGCCGGGCCGGGCUGCUCUGCCAGCGUGCCAGACCUAUGCGGCCGGAAGGCCCAGUUCUCGCGCAAGCGCGUGUCGAUCUCUGACCUGAAGAGCCGGAUCUGCAAGAACAGUGACUCCACGAGGUUGCCGCUGCGGCUCAAGUCCAAGCGCAAGCUCUCGCUGCAGAGCUCGCUGACGCUGUCGCCGCAAAUAUACCCCGUGGACGGUGAGCACAACGACAUGGUCAAUAUGGCCAUCAUCAGCGAGGACCUGGCCGACGGCGGGGACCUGAGUCGGGAGCGUGACCGGGCCAGCCGGCGCACGCGGAGCAUUGAAACAACGGGGUUUUACGGAGACAGUAAUAGGGACGAUAAUAGUGAUAAUGGUAAUAGUAAUAAUGACGACGGUAACCUGGAUGUUUUUGGUUACUUGGGUGGUAAUACAGAUCAGAUAUCGAUGCACACAGGGGCAACUAUGGUUAAUAAAAUUGAGGAUCUUUUGUGUGAUAUGAUAAAGCCCGCGGCAGGGGCCGCAUACUCCGACAAGUACUUGUCGGACCUUCCCAUCAGGCAUCAAUUGAAGCAUUGUGUAAUAUGCGAGAAGCCGCUCUACGAGCUCAGUGCGUUGAUACCCAGCGACAGGGAUUUUCGUGAAAUUGUCUGCGGAGGUUGUACGGUGAGAUACGAGCAGGCCUCCAAAAUCUUGGAAGAAUAUGAGUUCGAGAGCUCCAUAGAGUCAUUGGAUUCACUCGGUAAUUCGACCGGCAGCGCAUUUGACGAGGUUCCAGAGGUCGUCCUUGAACACCGCCACAAGCGCCCGAAGACGAGGAAGUUCUCCUACCAACUAAUUAAUAGAUUGCAGCUGCAGCUGCAGGAAGGGUCUCCUGCAGAGAUUGCGCGCGGUGCUAGACGGAGCAGGCCUCGCUUUUUGGACAGCUCCACCCGCGUAUGGCUGAAUGAGGCGAAGAACAAGCUACGGUGGAGAUGGCGGGUCAGCGGGCUCCUCCCUCGUUUUCUGGUCAACCAGGAAGCCAAGCGGGGAACGGCACAUGGCUAG